GUUGCCCGGGUGACGCCGGGCUGCCCGUCGGAAGUAGCGUAGGGCGGGCGGGGCGAGGCUUCCGGACGCGCUGUUGCAUCAGCUCGAGCGAGGGCCGGGGAGGCAGCGGCAGCAGCAGCAGCUCCGGGAUGGCAGCAGCCGGCAGCGCCGAGCACGCUUCCAGCUACAGUUUUAUUCUGAGCAUUAGUGAAGAGGAAGCCAGGGUGAAGGCUCUGAACGAGUACCUGAGCACUCGUAGUUAUAUCCAGGGGUUCACAUUUUCACAUGCAGAUGUGGAGGUGUUCAGAAAGUUUUCGGGGCCACCUGUGGACCAGUAUAUCCAUGUUGUCCGGUGGUACAGACACAUAGAAGCAAUCUAUGAUGGCAGCAGUGACAAAAAUGAGCCUUGUAAACUUCAAACAAGUAAAGGCAAACGUGUGCAGCCCCCCUGGUCUCCCCCUGAAGGGACAAAACAUUCCAGGCUCUGCCUCUACAACAGCCUGACCCGCAGUAAGGAAGUAUUUCAGCCUCAGAAUGGAAAAAAGGUCUUGUGGUAUUGCUGUGGUCCAACAGUUUAUGAUGCUUCUCACAUGGGACAUGCCAGGUCCUACAUCUCAUUUGAUAUCCUGAGGAGAAUCUUGAGGGAUUAUUUUAAAUAUGACGUUUUCUAUUGUAUGAAUAUUACAGAUAUUGAUGACAAGAUCAUAAAGAGAGCAAGACAAAAUCACCUUUUUGAACGAUAUAGAGAGAGCAAAUCAACACCAGAUCAGCUGCUUGAAGAUGUUAGGACUGCCUCAGAGCUCUUUUCAGUUAAACUAAAUGAAACAACAGACCCAGACAAGAAGCAAAUGUUGGAAAGAAUUCAAAAUGCAGUGAAGUCUGCUUUUGACCCUCUACAAGAAGCUCUCCAAGCAAAGCUCCCUGCUGAAGAGAUCAGCAGACGCCAUGAGACACUGUUGGAAGAAGCCAAAGAUUUGCUGUCUGACUGGUUGGACACAAGAUUUGGCAGUCAGGUGACUGACAAUUCUAUAUUCUCAAAGCUCCCCAAAUUCUGGGAAGGGGAAUUUCAUAAAGAUAUGGAAGCACUCAACGUAUUACCUCCAGAUGUUUUGACACGGGUUAGUGAAUAUGUGCCAGAAAUUGUGGAUUUUGUGAAGAAGAUUGUGGAUAAUGGUUAUGGGUAUGUGUCUAAUGGAUCUGUAUACUUUGAUACUAUGAAGUUUGAUGCCAGUGAAAAACACUCCUAUGCUAAGUUGGUGCCUGAAGCUGUAGGUGAUCAGAAAGCUCUUCAAGAGGGGGAAGGUGACCUGAGCAUCUCAGCUGAUCGCUUAAGUGAGAAGCGUUCUCCAAAUGAUUUUGCUUUGUGGAAGUCCUCCAAGCCAGGAGAGCCCUCAUGGGACUCUCCAUGGGGAAAGGGUCGUCCCGGCUGGCACAUUGAAUGUUCUGCCAUGGGUGGAUCCGUUCUAGGAGAGUCGAUGGACAUUCAUGGAGGAGGCUUUGAUCUCCGAUUUCCUCACCAUGACAAUGAACUGGCCCAGUCUGAGGCAUAUUUCGAAAAUGAUCACUGGGUUCGGUAUUUUCUGCAUACUGGUCACUUAACAAUUGCUGGCUGUAAAAUGUCCAAAUCUUUGAAGAAUUUCAUUACCAUAAAAGAUGCACUGAAGAAACACACAGCACGACAGUUACGGCUGGCUUUCCUCAUGCACUCUUGGAAGGAUACACUGGAUUAUUCAAGUAAUACCAUGGAGUCUGCUAUUCAAUAUGAGAAGUUUAUGAAUGAGUUUUUUUUGAAUGUGAAGGAUAUUCUUCGAGCUCCCACUGAUGUGACAGGCCAGUUCCAGAAAUGGGAAAAUCAAGAAGUAGAGCUGAACAAAAAUUUUUACGAGAAGAAAGCAGCAAUUCAUGAAGCACUGUGUGACAAUGUUGACACCCGCUCGGUCUUAGAAGAAAUGCGCUCGUUAGUCAGCCAGAGUAACUCUUACAUUGCUGCAAAGAAAUCCUCCAGACAGAUGCCAAACAGACUUCUUUUAGAAAACAUCAGCUCCUAUCUCACUCAAAUGCUAAAGAUUUUUGGUGCCAUAGAAAGUGAUGAUGCAAUUGGUUUUCCUGUUGGAGGGACUAGUCAAAACAUAAAUAUUGAGUCUACAGUGAUGCCAUACCUCCAAGUCCUUUCUGAGUUCAGAGAAGGAGUGCGACAAAUCGCCAGAGAGAAGAAAGUAACUGAAGUGCUGCAGUUGAGUGAUGCUCUUCGGGAUGACAUCCUGCCUGAACUUGGGGUUCGGUUUGAAGAUCAUGAAGGACUUCCAACUGUGGUUAAAUUAGUGGAUAAGGACACAUUAUUGAAAGAGAGAGAAGAAAAGAAAAAGAUAGAAGAAGAGAAAAAAAGGAAGAAAGAAGAAGCAGCCAGGAAAAAACAACAGCAGGAAGCAGCAAAACUGGAAAAAAUGAAGAUUCCACCACAUGAAAUGUUUAAAUUGGAACUUGACAAAUAUUCCAUGUUUGAUGAACAUGGAUUUCCUACCCAUGAUACAGAAGGCAAAGAACUUAGCAAAGGACAAAUUAAGAAGCUGAAGAAACUUUAUGAAACCCAAGAGAAGCUACACAAGGAGUAUCUACAAAUGGUUCAAAAUGGAAGUGCAAAUUGAAAACAACAGGACUUUUUAUUUAGAAGGCGAGUGCUGGGUUCCCAUUGAAGAAGUGAGCAUAUACUGAUGCUCAAAUUUCUGUUUACACUUUCUAUUAUGUGCAAAGUAAAAUUCCUGUUUACGUGGGUUAAUAAUGUCAUCUGGAAAUGUAAUAAAAAUCCAUCAUUUAAAAAUAA